AUGAGCUGGAAACUUGAAGCGUUUCUGCCUAUCUAUCUAUCUAUCUAUCUAUCUAUCUAUCUAUCUCACUCUAUUUCUAUCUAUCUAUCUAUCUAUCUAUCUAUCUAUCUAUCUAUCUAUCUAUCUAUCUCAUUCUGUUUCUUUCUAUCUAUCUAUCUAUCUAUCUAUCUAUCUAUCUAUCUAUCUAUCUAUCUAUUUCUAUUGCCGCUUCUUCUCAGCAACCCCCUUCAUUUCCCCCUCACAUCCCCCCCCCCCUUUCCCCCCCUUUUUAAAAACCCUUUAAUCAUCUUCUUCCCCAAACGCCCCCUCAUCACUUUUCUUCAUCAUCAUCAUCUAAAUUCCCCAUUUUCCCCAAACUUCAAAUUUUAUUCAUCAUCAUUUCCUUCAUCAAACUUUUAUCAUCUAUCUUUUCCCCAUUUUCCUCCCUUGGGGCGCCCCCAUCUUCAUCAUUUUCAAAUUUUCAUUUCUAUCCUUUCAUUCAUCCACUUUUCCCUCAAUUUUCUAUUUACCCUCCAUCCCAUCUACUUUUUCCCCCUUCUUCUACCCUUUAUCUUCCAAAAAAAACUUUCCUUUCCUAUCUAUCCCUAUCUAUCUAUCUUUCCGGGGUUAUCCUAUCAUAAAACUAUUAUCUUCUAUCUAUCCAUCAAAACUUUCCCCCCACUUUACUUCUAUCUACCCCCAUCUAUCUUUAUCUCUAUCAACCCCCCCCCCCAAAACUUUUUCCCAUCAUCAUUUUCCCCCCUUCCCCUACUUUCUUUUCUUCAAUUUUCUUUUAUUUUUUCCUUCUUUCUCUUUUUCCCCUUCUACUUUUUACCCUCUUUUUUCUUCCCCUUCUAUCAAAACGCCCCCACUUUUUAA